CGCAGAGCUACGUAUCUGUAAGAACGCUAAACGCAUACGAAACGAAGACAUCUCUCCGGAACGGUUGCCGAGCGAAAUUCAUAUAUAUUUACAUUUAGAUUAUUUAUUACUGGACGGGCGUUGGAUAAAGAAACACGAAUUUUUGUGCCAUCGUUCGUCGUUUUAAGAUAAUAAAAUAAAAUAAAGAACAUUUUGAUAACUUUUGGAUUGUAUAGUACAGAAAGAGUUGUUUCAUCUCUUAGCUUUAUAAUCAAGGAUUCAAAGGCGUUCGAGUGAAGAAUAGAAUAAGAGACGCCAGAGGCAUUUUAGAAUUUGACGCCUCAGAGAGUUCCGACUUUUCCUUUGUCAAAAUAUUCUCAUAUAGUGUAAGAUAAGUUGACAAGUUUUGUUCAGUUUUGUUUAGAACAGAAUAGUUCUUUAGCUCCGGCUUCCAAAAUGAUUUGUAGUCAUUUUUUUUUCAACAAAAUUCAAUUGUUUUGACGAGUUCAAAGGAACCAAUCAAAAUAUUUACAAAAUAUCUAUUAAAAGUAGUAUUCUAUUCUUUAAUUAUUUAUACUAAUAAAGUAUUUUUAUUCAAUUUUUAUAUACAAAAACAUAAAAUAAACUGUAAACUAAAAAAGCAUAAAAAAGAGUAAAUAUAGUUAUUAAAAACGGUGCAAACUAAUCUCUAAUUAAGUGACAAGCAAUCUUUAAGUAUUCUAUUUGAAAUAAAGAAAUACUAUUAAUGAUAAUAGGAAGCCCUCAGGGAUAAUUUGAAGUGCCCUUCGACAAAUAAGUCAGAAUAGGAGGUUCUUUCUCUUCUCUUCGAAAUUAGUUUUAUUAGUCUUAAUUAUAUUUUUAUUUUUUUGAGCAAAACUGUAGUUUUAACAUUUCUGCGUAGAAAAAGAGAAAAAAAAAACCAAUUAAAAAAUCUAUUCGAAUAAGAGAGUAGGAAGUGAAAUGACAAGAGGUAGUAUCAGGAAGGAAGAUAGUAAGGGAGAGGAGAUAGUGUGAGUCGUCGUGUAGUGAUGCGUUGAACAAGUAAAAAGCCUUUUUUGUUAUAUUUAUAUCUAAUUUUUUUACGUAUUGUUUGGAAACAGGCUAUAGAAAAAAGGAUACAGCUACAUUUUUCCAGUUAUAUAUCAGAAUACACGAUUAUUAUGCAAACUUCGACUGAAUCCGUCGAACGAUCAUCAAUAAAUCUCAUCAUCCCCAUAUCGACUCAGACAACUGGCACUAAUCGACGGGAGGAAGAGCCAAGCGCCCUCUACAGUCCCGCUGUCCCAAAUUUAAUUAUACUAACCGUAGUCCUUCUCUCGGUUCUCUUAGCUGUUGCUAUAGGCCUGAUUCGGCGAAGAUUAAAGAAGUUUAAGACAGAAAUCGACUCGUCCUUUCUAGAUCGAUACCGGCAUAUUUACGAACCAUUGGCUGCUGGACCGGCCGAUGAAUAUGAUAAUACUUUCGUGGGUGUAUCCGUUCCACUGUUACAAGAUAAUACAAAGAUUUAAUAUCUAAUUUAUAAAGGACAACUACAGACAUGUAAUGAAGGAGGAGAUAUAUUUAUAUAUUCCAGUAUAUACUGUAUAAACUAUAUUUUUAUCUUACACAAUUGAAAAACAUCUUUGUACUGUGUUCUUUUUUCUAAGAAAGUAUGAAUUUAAAUCAAAUUUUUUCCAUAUUUCAUGGUCCAAACUGUUUCUUAAAAUACGUACACUCUGGCUAAUUGCAAAAAACGCACAGAAACCAGGAGGGAGAAGAAGUGAGAGAGAGAGAGAGAGAGAGAGAGAGAGAGAAAGAGAAGGAACAAAAACUGAGAAGAAGCAUUUGUUAUGUAACAGAUUUUUGCUUUGGAAAUGAAAAAUUUAUUGAAUAAAAGAAAACAAUAAAAAACUAAUACUGAAAGGUAAAUAAUCACCAUAAGUUGAAUAAUAAAUAUUAAUUGGCGAAAUUA